GUUAUGCUGCAUCCACCGAAACGUGCGUGCUUUCUUCGAAUGUUAUUACUAAAAUUUUAAAAAUCCUAAAUUAGACACCACUUGAUUCGCCUCACAAUGGCCGGCCGCGGUCGUGGCAAGUCCACGGGGACACUCACCCAGGAGCAGCUGCAAUCGAUGGGGGUUACGAGAAACGAAAUGCAAACAGUUUCAUCGGCAGCACCACCACCGCUCUAUCCGAUAUUGCAAUCGAAGCCGGUUCCCCUCGAGUCAAACCCGGAUCGAGAUUACAAGAUUCUGUGGAAAGAGGAUUUCAUAUCGUAUCUUCGGGAGUCACCUUACUAUACAACCGUUAAAAGCUCCAAAGGUCCGGUGCAGCGUUACUCGGAUAAAGUAAUUAACGUUAUUGAGAAUGAUCCAAAGCGAAAGCAGGACGGUGGUUUUAUUUGGAGUAUGAUGCCAGCGGAGCUGAGACCAUCGUUUAAGCGUAGCAAGACCAAUUCCAACAGCGCGGAUCAAAAAGGAGCCAAGCGGGCCAAGGCGGUCGAUAUCGAUGCUAAAUUAAGUGAACUGGAGAAGAAAGAAUCCUUUUUGGAUGAGUCUGAAGUGAAGAAGGAGAAACGCAACGAGUCCGACGAGGAAAAGGACGAUGAGGAGUUGGAUGAGGAAAUGGCCGACGAGGAAAUGGAUGACGAGAACGAUUAUGGGAAUAAUUAUUUCGACAAUGGAGAGGCUUACAACGAGGAAGAUGACAAUUUGGAUGAUGGUCCAGUUUAUUGAAGGUACGGUCGUGCUUAUAUUUUCCUUUAUUCAACAGUUCAUAACUUCUAUACAAUUUUAUUGAUAUUAGCAUUAAGCAAAACGAUUAAGAUUUGCGUUUCUCUCAACCGCGGGGGGAUACUUGUGUUCUUUGUUCGAUUACUUACAACGUUCGGCUAGCACUCAAUUCUUCAGUGUGUAAAUAUAACGAUACGAUUAAAAUGUGCAACAAAAAGUAAGGAUUACUUAAGAAUUAGCUCUUAACUGUUUAAGUCGAUAUCAAUUUGGAAUAUUCUGUUGUGAUAACGUUCAUCUUAGCUAUGAAGAUCGAUGAGUAAAAACAGUAGCAAAUAAGCAA